GGCCCUCGGCCACCAUUCUGUAACCUGACUCAUUCUCUUCCAGCCCUUGGAGUGCUCGACGACGAAUGCGGUCUCCGACGAGAAAGAGGAGCUCGAGUUCCAGCUGGACGAAGAUCUCCUCCACGAAGGCGGUCGCUGCAAUCGCUUUACUGAAGAGUGGAAUUCCGACGAUGAUCCUGACGAUGAUUACGAGAUCAAGGAUGAAGAGAUUUCGAAAAUUAUCAUCGUCACUCAAACACCACCGGUGGGUCGUGUGAAGAAACAUGAAGGUUUCGAUCGCACAGCGAACUUCACCUCAAGAACCAAAAUCACCCAAGAACUUGCUCAAGUAAUAAAUGACGGACUGUACUAUUACGAGGAAGAUCUAUGGACCAAUAUUCAUCAUCACGAAAACAUGCAAUACAAGUCCGUCGAAUUGAUAAGCCCCGCGAAAAGCGAGCUCAAGCGAGGAGACCAGGGUGAACAGGCAUCUCCGCCACCUCCUCCUCCGUACGGACUCGAUAAGGAGAGCCUCGAGAAGAUUUCUGAGCAGGGCCACGUCCCCAUGGCUACACCGAUCUCGACGCCACGAUCUCGGCCCCCGUUGACACCGGGUCGCACACCGAGAUUCUGUAAAGAUCCGAAAGUGGUUCCGAGGUUUUAUCCCGUUGUCAAAGAUAAAACUAAGGAGCCGGUCGAUCAGAAAACGCCUCGGAAACAGAAAACGCGACAUGGCGAGGAUCCACCAGAGGAAUUCCACGUGGGAUGGAUCCUGGAUACGAAGCAACAUGACGAGCGACCGUCGAGAAGCGGUAGUUUCUCUCAAGAGCUCUCCAAGGCGGACGCGUCGUCGUCUUUCACAGACUGCCUCAAGCCCUCGUUCGCAUCGAGCUGCGGUUCGAUUCCUAAUUCGCUGCCGAAGUUCGAGCAUCCGUCUCACGCCCUUUUGAAAGAGAGUGGUUUCACGCAACAAGCAUACCAUCGUUUCAAAAACAAAUGCAUGAAAGAGCGCAAACGACUGGGUAUCGGUCAAAGUUUGGAGAUGAACACCCUCUUCCGAUUCUGGUCUUACUUCCUGAGGGAUCAUUUCAACAAAAACAUGUACAGCGAAUUCAGGCGCAUCGCGAAAGAGGACGCUCAACACGGCUUCAGAUACGGUCUCGAGUGCUUGUUCCGCAUGUACUCAUAUGGGCUCGAGAAGCACUACCGAGCGGAUCUGUACGCAGACUUCCAAGAAGAGGUCAUCGCGGACGCAGAAGACAAGCAACUCUACGGACUUGAGAAGUUUUGGGCUUUUCGGAAGUUCUAUAGGGACUCGCACGUGUUGACGGUCGAACCUCGUUUAGAAGCAUUUCUGAGGAAAUUCAGAACCCUCGAUGACUUCAAGGUUUCGCCCGAAGAGUACGAUCGCAAUCAGAAGGAACUUGAGAAACGACGUCAAGAUUGCCAGCGACAGCACCAGAAGCUGCGCGCCGCCGAAGCAGGGCGGAGGAGAACUUCAUCGUCGACGAGCAGCAUAGGCAGCCAGCGACGUGAACCAGAUGAACGCAAACGCGUCAACUCCUCCUCACGAGGUGGUGGACACCAAAAUAGAGUAGCUGCAGCACAGAAAGCCGCUGAGAAGAAAUAAGAUAUUUCACAUACAUCACGCCCAAUCAGGUUUACCUCGUCGAUUACCUUAACGAAAGCGAGAGGGAGACCUAUAUAGGCAUUUUCUUUAGUCCACUAUCGACGAUGAUGGU